AUGGGCCAUUGUUGUGCCACUCAAACGAAACAAGCGCGGCUCCUACCAUCAAACAAUGCAUCACUUAAUGCUCCGGCUGAAGUUCCCGGAGGGUCAUUAGCGGCACAAACGAGGCCAUCGGAUGGGCAAAUUAACGCCCCUACCGGCGGGGCUUCCCAUGGCGUGGCGGCGGAGAGCGCUUCAUCCAAAUUUACGGUGAGUCCGGUGAUAGGGGACCAGUCGGAUUACACAACAACGAUUGGGUUAGAACGUCUUGUUCCCGUAAACCGUAAGUCUGGAUCACAACUUCCAGUUAAUGCACAUCUACGGUUAGGUUCGGACAACAGAGCGGAUAGCGUUUGUGUUUUUGACAAUGGGGAUGACGACGGUCGUUUCUUGACAGCACGAAGCCCCUUGUUGCUUUCGUCAAUGACGACACCACGAGUGAAGUUUGUGUCGGGGACUCCAGGUACUUUUGACACCAAUGGUGGGGCUCCACCAUCAGGUAGAGGGUUUCAGUCGUGUCUAAGCAGCCAAUGGGACGAGUCAGUGGGAAGCAACAAACUCAACUCCUGUCAUAGUAUGGUGAUGAAUGAAAGUGUGAACAAUAGCGUAGAGGCGUAUUUUGGCAGUCUAACUGCGUGCGUUCCUCCAACGGAGGUGCCACCUUCGAUGUUACCGUUAGUAUCAAUAACGGCGUCGUCCUCGUCUUCAACCGUGUCAUCACCGUUUUCGUCACUGGCAGUGCACCGCAGGGAGCCGUCGUCAUUAUUCGUGAAUGACAAGUCUCCUGUACAGUCUUUGGGAGUUUCAUCAUUCGUGACGGCCCUGUCGCCGAGCGUAUCACCGCGACCGUUGCAUAAUGAGGCACCCCCACAAUCGCAUGCGGACGCUUUAGGUGCACCAACAGCGACAUCAGUAAGCCACUCAAGGGGGGAUCUGUCACUUGGUACCGCUAUAGCACCGUCAAGAGCAACGUCGCCAUCAUGUUACAUGGAAAAUGCGUCGUUUGCAACGGCCUUGUCACUAUCUGAGUCACUACAAGCGUCGCAUUCCGUAUUAUCUUCAGUUUCGUUCCCCGGUGUAGGGGUGCAAUCAGCUGCGGCAUUGAUUCCUCACUCCAGAGGAACUUCUUCUUUUGCGUCUGCGGUUUCACCAUCAGCAGCGGUGACAACUGCGCGCUCCGCGCGAACUACGCCGUCCUUUGUGGUGACCAUCUUGCCGUCAGAGGCCACAACUACUCCGCGUAUGGCAUUUAAAAGUGCAAGGAGCAGUAACAAAAUUGGUUCCACUACAGUCACCGGUGGCGAUUUGAUGUCGUGUCGUAGUCUUUCUGAAAUCAGCACCUCAUUGAGUGACAAAAUACAUAAUAUGAGUGGAGAGGUAGCGAGGAGUGCUUCUGAGGCUCCACAGCGUCUUGUGGUGAGGAAACGCGUUACGUCUCUAACCAAUAUUUCUUCUUCUUCGUAUUCGCGGUUAACGGAAAAAGAGCGUGCCAGCACUCAGGAAGGUGUGACAAAUUCCCCGUUAAUUAUGGCUGAAUCAUUGCCGGACCAGACUAAUGGUGUUGUUAUUUCGCUCUCCCCACCGGAGGACCAUUCCAGUAUUUUUGGAGGCAACGGCGGCGGUGGCUCCAGGGAGGUGUCGUUCGUUAGUUCUUCACCUAAAGCGGAGGGGAUGUGGGUUCAAUCUGGUAAGCAUGGCAAAAAAAAGGCGGGCACAGUGCUGAGUUUUUUUACCCCAGAUCCGGCAGUUACGCAGUUGUCGGAACAUGCUGCGAAUACCUCUUUGACAUCACAUAUGUUGACUCGACAAAAGCCCAAAAUGCUUAGUUACUUCGGCAGGCAUUCGGAUCCUCCGUUCUCAUCUGUGAAUACAUUACGCCAACGGAACGUCAUGGCACGGUCGGUAGGGGCGGUUGGAGGGUUAGGUACCCUUGACGCAAGUUAUAAAAAGGUGUUGGGUGAUACUCAGAAGUUGUUCUCGUCGUUACCUGCGCUACCCACAUACACUAAGAGGGAUCACAUCCCACGGAGGCGAGUGUUUGAUUUAGGAACCCCCGGUAGCGCGUCAAAAUCGAGGAAAAGCCCCUCACCGGAAGGCUCACAAAUGAUUUCCCAGAUGUCCAGUUCGAUUAAUGGUCAUGCGGCCUCAGGUGUUUCAUCACCCGACUCGAAGCACAAAGAGGACGGAAAGGCACACUGUCAAUCAUAA